AUGAGGCAAGAAGAAGAGGAUAUAAAUGAUUUUAUUUAAAUUUUUUAUGUUGACAUUCAAAAUAUUAAUUCCGUCUUUAAUUGGGUCUUGACCCUCUGAAACAUUAAAAAUACAAGAAAGAUUUAAAAGGCUUUGGUUAAAUUUAAAGUUUUAUCUCAAAAUUCACUAAGAAUCUACUUGAUUUCUCAAACUAAUUGGAUAAAUCUAUAGCAUAAGCCAAAAAUAAUGGCGAAAAAUUUUUCAAAAUAAUUGGUGAAGAUUAAAUUAUUUAAGAUAUCUCAAUUUUUAAAUUAAUCGGUAUAUUUAUAAAUUAAGGACAAUUUAUAAGGGAUUAAAGAGUGGGCCAAUAUUUCAUUAAUUAUAGAGAUCAGGAAGAAGAAUUAAAUAGGUAUUUGUAUAUAAGCAAUAUUGUUAGGAACAUAAUAAUAAUUAUUGAUCACAUAUUUAAUUAUUAUAAUUAGGCUUUGUAUUUAGAUAAAACAGAAUAAUAAACUCGAGGUAUUAAAUUUGAUAGCUAUAGCAUACUCUAUUAAAAUUAAAUUUAGGUUAUGGAUUAAAUGAUGAAAAACACUAUCAGUUAGCAAUAAAAUCAUGCGAAAAGAUUUUUGAAAGAACAGCCCAUCAUCAUGCUUUAUAUAGAAAAUGUAAUUAUUUAUAUUUAAAGCAUGGUUUACUUUAUAUUUGA